AAGUGCUACACAUAUACUUCCACUCUUGCAGGAAUUUCAUAAGUUCUUUAACCAACUCUAAAUAUUCGUCAUAUAUACCCAGUGCAAAGAUUCCAUGUGGAUUGCUUUGUGGACGGACGGCGAGGUGCAGGCGGCGUCAGCAAGGGAGAUGAAGGCGAACCUGACGCUCAUCGAGAGGCAGCUGCCGAAGGGGAAGAAGUUCUUCGGGGGUGACACCAUCGGGUUCCUCGACAUAGCCGUAGGAGCGAUCGCACACUGGAUAGGAGUGUUCGAAGAGAUCGCAGGGGUGCGUCUGCUCAUCGAGGAGGAGCACCCGGCGCUAUGCCGUUGGGCAAGGGAGUACACACUGGACGAGACUGUUGGGCAGUGCCUUCCGGACAUGGACCGCGUGGUUGCUGCUUUAACUCCAAGGAAGGAGCUGUAUGUAAGCGUAGCUAAAGCAAUGGCCGCACAGAAGUAG